GGGAGCCCCGGGAGGCGGUAAAGCCCGGAGCCUGGAGCCUGGGCCUCGGGCUCGAAGAGAAUUUAAAGGCCCCGGGCUCUGCUCAGCCUCGAUUACCGGGUGUCACCCACCCCGGGCUGGGGGCCUCGGCUCUCAGGCUUCUCUCUUUCCCCCCCACAUUCCCCUCCUCCCGCCGCCGAGAUGCUGCGGUCCGUCUGGAGCUUCGUCAAACGCCACAAAAGGAAAUUCCUCUUCACCGGAGCCGUGCUGGGAGGUGUGUACUUGCUAGGGAAGUAUGCCCAAAAGAAGCUCCGGGAUCUACAGGAGCGAGAAGCAGCUGAGUACAUCGCACAGGCGCGCCGGCUGUGUCAUUUUGAGAGUAACCAACGGACUUGUAACAUGACUGUGCUAUCAAUGCUGCCAACCCUGAGGGAAGCAAUUGUGCAGCAACUGAAUUCAGAAAGUCUGACUGGCCUGCUGAAAAACAGACCUGCCAACAAGUUGGAGAUAUGGGAGGAUCUCAGGAUCAUAAGUUUCAGCAGGAGCAUUGUAGCUGUGUAUAGUACCUGCAUGCUGGUGGUCCUCUUACGAGUUCAAUUAAAUAUCAUUGGGGGAUAUAUCUAUCUGGACAAUGCUGCAGUUGGCAAGAAUGGCACUGCCCCUUUAGCUCCUCCUGAGGUACAGCAACAGUACCUGUCGAGUAUACAACACCUCCUUGGAGAUGGUUUGAGUGAACUAAUUACAGUGGUGAAGAAAGCUGUGCAGAUUGUGAUUGGAAGUGUGUCGCUGAAGCAAUGUGUGUCACUGCAGGAGCUGGAACGGUAUCUGUGUGAGAUUCGACAGCUGGUGGAGCACCACAGUCAGUCCGGUCAACGAGAGGCUGACACCAGCAAGUCCCCACUGUGUUCGUAUUUAAUUCCCAAUGAAGAGAGCACCUUAGCCUCCCAGGCCUGCGGUUUGACAGAGAAAGAUGUAACCACAUUGAAGCUGCUAAAUGAAACCAGAGAUAUGCUGGAAAGUCCGGACUUCAACACGGUUUUAAAUUCCUGCUUGAAUCGGGGAUUUAGCCGACUGCUCGACAACAUGGCAGAAUUCUUCAAGCCAACAGAAGAAGAACUGAUGCAAAAUGGAAAGGUCAACAGCUUGUCCAACAUUAGACUUCCCCUCGCUAAAAUCAUCCCGAUUAUAAAUGGGCAGAUACAUUCGACCUGCAGCGAGACAUCCAGCCAUUUUGUUCAGGACCUGCUGCUGAUGGACCAGGUGAAGGACUUUGCUGCCAAUGUCUACGAAGCAUUCAGCUCCCCUCCUCAGCAACUCGAGAAGUGACCCUCAGCCAGCAAUUCUCAGCACAAUGAGGGGCACUCCAGACUGAUUUCAUCCCCCCCCGUUUCCUGAGAUGGCAUGAAGUCCUUCCUCUCAGUCCUGCAACGCUCUUGUGAUGGAGGUGCCAAUGCCUGUAUUUGCCACCCUGUCACUCGUGGCUAUGUGACUUUAACUGUCUCUGAAUCUUUACAGACAUGAUUACAUUAAUCUGCCUGUAACUAUUUUGUAUCAUACUGUUAUUUGUAUCAUUGUAUUGUAGAUUAUAAUGUAUGCAUCUGGAUACAGGAUUCUUCAGGUAGUGUGGGUAAAUAUUUUUACUGCAGGAGAUUCCAGCUCAGAUUCUAACUAAUUAUGUGAACAGUAAUAUAUGUUGCCAGCUGGCAUCUCUUUCCGUAAUGUUAAUAGUUUGAUUUCUUUGCCCACAAACUUCCUUGUUUUAGUAGUAUAUAGUAUUAAAACAAUAAACGAUAAGGCCAUUUUGUUGAUCAAGUCGUAUCAUUACAAAAAUGGAGGUGGUAACGUGUUCAGGGAAUAAAGCGUACUAAAUAUUU